AUGUGCAGUUUUGGUGAGAACGUACUGAACAAAAUUGUCAACAAAUACUGUGAUGUUCCGUCUGUGUGUUCUCAGUGUACCAUAAGAAUUCCCUCGGUGAGAACCCCUGUAUACAUCCAUGCCUCAAGGUCUCAGUACCAGAAACAGUUGGGCCGGAGGGCCUGGCGCGGGCACAAAGUCUCUCGAGACCUAAGGCCGCCCCCCCCCCCCCCGGCUCGCCUCACGCCGCGCCCCUGGGUCACGUGGCCCGUCGGUCACGUGAAGAGCCGGCUAGCGGGCGAGUCCCGCAACUGUGUUUGCGGGAGCCCCGCGCGCCCUCGGAGCCAUGCUGCGGAGCUGCGCCUCACGACUGCGCCCGGGGCCCUGCGCGGCCCGUUGGGAGGCACGCCCCCGCCGGCGAGGGGCUCGCGGCCGUCGCCUAGGUCAUUUUCUUCAGAGGUCAUUUAUGUGGACCGUUCUCUCCCCAACCCCAGCUGGAGCAAGGACAUGAGACUCCUUUUUGACCAGUUCAUGAAGAAAACUGAAGAUGGCUCUUGGAAACCUUUGCCUUCAUAUAAAUCUGUAUCUCCUCAAAGGAUUGAAGAGGUCAAAAUCUUUUUUCCUGAUGCAAAGCCUAUAAAAGAACACAUGUCACAAGCCCAGCUCUUUCCCAGAAGCCUUGAGGAAGAUCUGGGGUUUGAAUAUGCAAUGUUCCAUAAUCAUGUUGACAGGACAGUUUGCAUAUUUCAAGGAGGUCCUUACCUGCAAGGAGCACCUGGCUAAGAAUGAUAAUUCCUUCUCGGAGGUGCCAUUGCAACCAUGAUUGAUUCUACUGUUGGUAUGUGUGCAGUUAUAGCUGAGGGAAUUGUCUUGACUGCCAAUCUCAACAUCAGUUUUAGAAGGCCUAUCCCCCUUUGUUCUGUUGUUGUGAUAAAUAGCCAGCUUGAUAAAGUUGAAGGAAGGAAAUUGUUUGUUUCCUGUAAUGUCCAAAGUGUGGAUGAAAAGACCCUAUACUCUGAGGCAACAAGUUUAUUUGUAAAACUGGAUCCUAAAAAAAGUUUGACAUAAAAGAGCUUCUGGUGCAUUCUACACCAAUCUGCAUUCCUUCCCUUCAGAAGAAGCUGUUGUCUUCAGUUCUGCUCUUCUUACCUACUUUUGAGUCCCCCAGAGGGUGAAGCCUGCUAACACUGAUCUUCCUCAACAAAUCUUUGGAGUACAACUCCAGGAGCUCUAUUUCCACCUUCGAAACUCUUUAACACAGAAGGACUCCGUGUGACGGUAUCAACAAUUCUUUGUGUCUCCUUAGAAUAAAUUUCUGGUUCUCCUAAAUUUGAA